CUUCAGUCAUAUCAAAAAUUUCGGCAACUCAAGACCUUCGAUUUUUUGUUUGUAAAAACCGUAAUUUUUUAAAAUUUCAAUUUUGAAUUUUUGGUGUGAUAGGUGUUUAAUUCCAAAACUUAAACCCAUCGAUUAAAACCAUGUUUCGCAACUUGUCGGUGCUAAGGAACAAGCUGGCGCUGCAGAGGAUUCUCGUUUCCCGCUUGACCUCGCGCUCCAAUAUGUCCACUGGACGUACGUGCCUCACCUUUAGUCGUCCGAGGAACAUCGAUGGCGUGACCGUGAUAGAUAUUAAUAUGAAUGAUAUGGCCAAGAAUGACGUCGAAUUCAAUCGUAAUUUCGUCAAUUCGUUGACAUCGAUGGACACCCCCCUUUUCCAGGAUGCAAUUCAACCAAAGAGCACGGAUGUUGUCGAGUCACCAUCGACGGAGGACUCUGUUCCCGCUACCACCGUAGAAAUCCUGCCAGCUGGUGCACCCAGUUCGGUACUAGACGUUGACGGCAAUCCCAUUGUGCCCAUCGAGAUCGAUGGCUGGAAUCAGGACGAAGAGGAUCCUACCGUGCAGAAGAACAGCAAGGAUGUGGACAUUGGCAGUGACGAAGAGUACAAGGCUGAGAUGGCUCUACGGGUGCCAGAGAUCAGGGAAGCCCAGACGGAGUACAAAGGCAUCAAGGUGAAGCUGCCGGAGACGGCUAACCAGGAUGUGGGCACUUAUCGGUUCCGUCGCGACUCCCAGGAUCUCAAGGAGGUUGGUGAUGACACGCGCCUCGUCCGGUUCGACAAGAAGUAGACGAAACUCGACUUCCGCUCAAAAUUGUACCUACUAUCUUUAUUUUGCGUUAUCUUAACUACUAAUGAUUUAAAAAUUUGUCUGGGUCUACUGGUCGACUUCCAUGUAAACCUUUUCCAAUUUUUUAAUAAAGUCGGCCAUUACAUAUUGAA